AUGCCAACAGAGAUUGUGUGUAUGAUCGGGGACAACAUGUCCUCCAAUGAGAUCAAGAACUGGACGCUCGUAUCAACGAGAUUUUGCGACAUACUUCUCCCGAGAAUCUGCAAGCAUCUUAAGUUUUCCGGUAACAUGGAGGAGCUGACAAACAGCCUCAACGCCUACUUCAAGCGCAAGAAUGCUUCAUUCCGCCAUUUGGCCCAUCAUCACACGAAGUUCGUGACAUUUGAAGUUACACAAUUCAACAGCAUCUUCGAAAUGAGAGCUUGGGUUCAACGCUGCGGAGUUGAUACCAUACCUAUCGGGCGUUUUUUGGCGGAUACACCGAACCUCCAUGGAGUUGUUUUUGAUAUCUGGCUCCCAGAUCCCAAAGAAGCAUUCCGGUUCAUCAGCUUCAUUCGCAGGGGCGCAGACUGGCAUGGCCCUAAGCAUGUUUAUUUCAAGAACUACGCCGAGUACUGGGACAUUGGCAAAAUCGUGGGAAAGUUCAAGUCCGGGGCCCUCAAGGGAAUUUCUCUACCUCUUACAUCGCUGCUAGACCACUGUGGCCAAAUCGCACGCAACGGCGUUAAUCUCACUUCACUUCGCCUCAGCAAAUACCUCUGCAUCUAUUAUCGCGUAUCAAGAAUGGCAGUCUUCAACAAUCAGGUGGCCAACAUGAUGGCCAAAGACUUUCCUCACCUUGAAUCAUUGGAAAUUUAUGAUAGAUUUUCUCGCCGUGGUCUAACCCUCUACAGGGGCUACUCAGAUAAUAGCUAUCGCUGGUGCCGUGAGAUCGCAAAGGCCGCUUUCAUCCUUACUCAGUUGCGGCGGCUACGUCGGUUUGCAAUCAGUAUGUGUCCAUUGGAGUCUAACGACAUUUCUAUCGACUCCAUCACGAGGCAAUUACUGGGCAUGAUGAUGAUGAAAGAAAAAGAUCUGGGGCCCGGCGAAGUUCACGGACCUGAAGGCGUAUCCAAAUUGGUGACUACCUACUUUGCCGCCCGUGCGAAAGGUCUUGAGGAGGUUUGCAUCACAAGUGAAGAUCCUGUGAAUCCCGUGUUCUACAGAGCAACUCUCACAGGCGACGUGUGGAACAUUUCUAAAGAGUCUUUCGAGGAUCCUUCACAGAAGGACUUAUUCCCGAAUGUUUUGGGGAAUUAA